GGCGGGGCGGGCGGCGGGGCGCGCCAGGGGCCGCGCGCGGGGUCCGCGCAUGCGCAGGGCAGCGGCGGGAGGCGGCGCGGCGGGUAUUUUGCUGCGUCACCAGCGCUGGGCGCCACCGAGGGCCGAGUGCGCGGGGCAUUGUGGGAACGAGGCCGCGCCGAGCUGAGCCCCGAGUCCGCCGCAGCAGCGCCGCCGCCGCCGGAGUCACGGCCCUGCCCGCCCGCCCGCUCGCCGCUGCCGUCCGCCGCCACUCAGAGCCGGACCCGGAGCCUGGCCACCCCUCUCCCCGUCCCCCGCCAGGAGCGCCAGCCGGAGCCGCCGCCAUUCGCCAUGCAGCCCGCUUCUGCGAAGUGGUACGACCGGAGGGACUAUGUCUUUAUUGAAUUUUGCGUUGAAGACAGUAAAGAUGUUAAUGUAAAUUUUGAAAAAUCCAAACUUACGUUCAGUUGUCUUGGAGGAAGUGAUAACUUUAAACAUUUAAACGAAAUUGACCUUUUUAAUAAUAUUGAUCCAAAUGAAUCAAAGCAUAAAAGAACAGACAGAUCUAUCUUGUGUUGUUUACGAAAAGGAGAAUCUGGUCAGGCAUGGCCGAGGUUAACAAAAGAGAGGGCAAAGCUCAACUGGCUCAGUGUGGACUUCAACAACUGGAAAGAUUGGGAAGAUGAUUCAGAUGAAGACAUGUCCAACUUUGAUCGCUUUUCUGAGAUGAUGAAUAACAUGGGCGGAGAUGACGACGUAGACUUGCCAGAAGUAGAUGGGGCAGAUGAUGACUCGCCAGACAGUGAUGAUGAAAAAAUGCCGGAUCUGGAGUAAGGAAAACUGUCGUCUUCAGGGUUUGGGGAAAGAAGUUCAUUACAACAUUUCAUAAUCGAGAUAAGAAUUCCUGAGUUGAUAGCCCUAAAGGGAGAUCCUGCAUCUUUUAACCCAUUUUCAGUCCAUUUUAAAUGGCUUCACCGAUGGUAGGUGUGUACUAUGGCACGGGGCGGUCUUAAGCCACGAGAGGCAAUAACGUUAUGUGUGAACCGUUUUCCAGACUUCCAAAAAAACCCAAUUGAGGUGUAGGCAAUCCAUAGAGAACAGUUGCAAUAAAGUUUACGGAGCCUCCUUGCCUCGUAGCAGAUGUAAUUACAAUGGGAGAAUCCUGAAUUUACACCAAGUGGUAAAUGAGCAAUUUCCCCCACCCCCCCACCCCCCUCUCUGCCGCCUGAAAUUGUAUGUUUGUACCGGGAACAAAACUGGCUGAAACAAGGGUGUUGUCAUUGGCUCACAAAAUUUGGCUGGCGAGGCGCAGUACCCCUGUGGUGUCUUCAGGUCUGUUCCACUAAAGUUUGUAUUGAAAAGGAAACAAAAUUCUCCUCCUUUGGUGUUCAGUCCCAUCACGUGCUCCCCACCCCGCGCAGGUGGCUGGAGCCUGUCCCCUGGUACCAUUUGACCCUAAAGCUUUACAUCUCCUAGUCCGGGGUGUGAGUGGCUGUACGUUGUUGCUUGUCAAUCUGUUCGUUUAGACCAAAUCGUAUUUGCACUGUGGGCAUGGAAGCGAGUGACAGACCGUGGGGGCGCGCGGGCGCCUCAUAACCGGGCUGAAAAACCUCAAUUUAUGUUCAGAGCAGCUGGGAUUUUUUUAAUGUCUGCAUUCUUUCUAAUAAACUGUUGAAGACUC